UGGAGAGUUCUGUUAUCCAAAGAGUUUACAGAUAUAUUUGUGAUUUCUGUUUUAACCUUUCCCGUGAACACAAAGAUCCUAUAUAUUGACAUAUCAUUAGUCAAUGAUUUAAUUACGAUACAAAAAUUACCAUCAUUGACACCUGUAGACAUGGGUAAUGGAGUUCCCCUUCUCAAUGACUACAAGCAGGAAUUCUUUUGGAAGAGAUUUCCUCAGACGGUGCUAGGUGGCGCCAAACUCAGGAUCGGCUAUGAUGCACCGGUUUACGUCUACUUGAACCAGAUCAUUCUCUGGGUUGUACCCUGGUUUCUUGGAGGAAUAUUCACAAUAAUAUUAGAACUGUCGUACCCGGACGAUGAGAUUAAGGACAACCUUGUGUUGUACUGCUCCGUGUAUGGAUCGUGCAUGUUUGUGUUUGUUCUCGUCAUUCAGACAAUCAGUGCCGUGGUCCAGGCACAGGCACAGCAAGAGGAAACACGUAAACUGAAAGAUGUGAAAAAGAAAAAUAUUUUCAGCGAAGAAGAUGAAGUUGAGUUCGAUUCAUGCUGUGGAGCAGAGACUUUGGAGUUUGUGACUCCAGCAAAAGCUUUUAAAGUGAACAUCAUACUCCAUGCCCUGGUAUCGGGAAUAAUGUGCGGCCUCACACUGUGGUAUCUGAUGCCGAACAGUUUGAACCUGUUGUAUGGGUACAACUAUGGGGCCACGGUUGUGCUGCAUCUGUUGGGCUGGGUGACUCUGUGUAUUGCUCAGUACUCUCUCACGGCAACCUCGCCGCCUGAGCCAGCCAUUUUCAGAACUAUGGAUGUGUAUGAAGUUACUACACUCACACGGCCAUUUUAUGUGUUUUUGUGCAUCACAUUUCACAUUCUUAAUUGGUACUUCAGUAUUUUCCUUGUUGCCAAUCAAGUGAUGUGUGUGGUGUUUGCUGUGUUGCCCGUUUUAUGGGUGACAGGCAUCCUGCCUCCCAUUGAUGCUCUUGUUCUGUGGUUGAUGGAACAGGUGCAUGUUCUAUUACUAGGAGGCUCUCCCAUGGCUUCAGGCAUCAGACUUCUGUGCCUGCUAAGCCUGUCGGUUGGUGUGUUUCUGGGAGCCUACUUCAUCCCCUCUGUGUUGGGAACUGUGAUACUGUCCGCUUGUAUGGGCUAUAUUCUGAGCACAAAUCUUGGAGGACUUGGCUUUCAAGUGUGGAAGUCUUGUCGAACAAAAAACCGUGUGUCGUCAAGUCAGAACAUAAAAGAGGCCAGAAAUCCUCGACAGAACACCGGAUUCCUCUGGUCUUGGACUCUGUCUACAUUCCUUUAUCAUAUCAUAAUGGUCUUGCUCGUAGGGACUGUAGCUGCCACUUUAAAUUAUUUUCAUAAAGACCUUGGUGCUGAUGUUAGAACAUCUUUAGGUUAUGUCAUAAUUGGUCUGUGUGUUGCAGAGAAAGUUCUCAGAGAUGCACAGAAUGUUUGUAUAGUGUUUGGAUUCUUAAGGAACGCCUUGUUUCCUCACAGUACUCAAAGAGAGGAGAUUUUCAAAAGGAGAAAGAAGCACUUGCUGGUGUUUGGUAUAACCAGAAGAAUUCUAUACAACUGGAUUUCUCCUCUUAUAAUGGUGGCCUACCUGUCUCUUCACGUGAUCCAGAAUGAUCCGUUAACACAAGCAGCUACUAAUGGACUUGGUACUUCAUACGCUGUCUGGUUCACCUUUGGCAUUGUCAGAGCCUACAGAUGGGUAUGGCAAAGCACGGUUCAUUCUCUAACCGAAAUAUCCAUUGUGCACAUAGUCGUCAUUGCACUGCCUGGCAACAGCAUUAUUAGCACGUGGGGUAUUCCACUCCUCCUCCUGAUAACAGGACUGUGUCGAGACCGAUUCUACCAGCUGCUCAACAAACUGUACUUCUUCAUCGUCCUGCUGAUAACUUCGUGGACGGACAAGAAACAACGCCUCGGCAUGACGGCCACCUUGAUUUUUCUCUCACUACUUUUCUUCCCUGUCGUGUUUGCUGUUAUUACUGUGGCUGCCAUCUUGAGUGCACCUUUGCUGCCAUUGUUUACGCUGCCACUGUUUUUCAUCGGAUUUCCUCGUCCUCAGAAGUUCUGGCCAGAAGGUGUGGGUGCCUCAGCAAAUGUGUGUUCAGAUUCUGUCUACUAUAAACAGUUUGCACCUCAGUUUGCAAGGAGCUUACGAACAGCUUUCGCAAAUGGCAGUUUAGGAGAACCGAAGCCAGGCAAUCACUACUUGGUGCGGUUUCAAGACCGUCUUGUCUGGCUAAUGAUCCUGGAACGAGGAGCGGGUUUCUGCACAGUCAACGUCAAAGGCCUUGAACUUCAGGAAACUUCCUGCCACACAGCUGAAGCAGCACGACUGGACGACAUUUUUGAAAUGGCAUUCGAAAAAGAGGGUGGUUUCUCUCCAUGUUCUUUCAAUAAAUACCCCAUGCACACAUUAACACCUGUAGACUCAGCUUCAGUGGACACGUAUUCCGAUGCUCGAAAUGUACUCACAGGGGUGAUAGAUAUACCUCACAGUUUUGCCAUUACGAUGGGUUAUUUUGUUAAGAGCUUGGUAUGGCUCAUUUUACAGCAUGUAAAUAAGAUGAAGAAGAGAGAGGAGAAGAUGAAAAAGCCAUCACUGACGCUGGUGACAACAAAGAAUGAGAACAAACGUGCAGAAGCCAUGCAGGAAAUCAACCACAAUCAUCACACAUCUGACCUCAACAACAAGCGUAAUAAUGACAGAGUUGUGCCAGUGAAAAGUACUUCCAUAAAAAAUAAUCUCGGACCAUUCGAAAAUCCAUCCCGUCCUUCAUCGGGACAGGGGCCAAAGACAUCCAGGAAGUCAUCGGUUUCUUCAUCUAUUCAUAGCUUCACCGACAGUAUUUGGUCAGACGAUUUUGAUGCAAAAAUUAGUGACAACAGGAAGAGAGUCAAUGUCGUUAGGACCUCUUAUAGAAACAUGGCAUCGUCAGUUCCAGACAAAACUGGUCCAAAGACAUUCCUAGAGAAAACUGGGCAAAAGACGUUUGAUGAUGAUAUUGAAGAAUUGUUUGAUGAACUUGAUUUCGGUUUUCCUGCUCAAGAUUUAAACAAACCAAAGCCUAAAGUUCAUACAGCUGCAUUUUCGAAGCCUGUAACGAAGAAAAGUUCUGGGAAUCACAUUUACAAGCCGGUCACCAACUUGGCUGGCUCUCCUGACUUCAAAUGCCAGUAUUCCUCACACAUGAGUUUGCCGCUGAAGUGGCGCCAGCUGCCCAUUGAGUACUCCCAGUUGUCUCGCCAUAUUGACCAGUUUCCUGUCGACUGGUAUCGCCAUGUUCUCAGUGUGUUAGACUGGUCUGUAACUGGUCUGCCUGGUGAAAAGGUGGCCAUUGAUGUUGGGGCAGAUGAUGCAUUGACAAACUGUUACUCACAGCUCAUCAUGGCCUGUUUUUCUGCUUUUGAUGUGCAAGGUAAACCAGCCAAUGCUAAUUACCUGUACAAAUGUUAUGUUGGAGAUGUUCCAUGGAAUGCCAUGAUGGACUGGUUGGCUGAGGAUAAAGAGUUGUACACGCUUGUUAUGAAAGCUUACAGGUACGGUUUCAAGCUGAUGAUAGACCACUUGUUGUUUGGCGACAUCUCUAGCAAUGACGAACUGAUGGAGUAUCUGGAGGAGUAUGACCGGGACUGGUACAUAGGGCAGGAGUCUGAUCCAGAAUGGAGCAAGGCGGUGUUGGACAACACACCUAGACUCUUCUCUCUGGGACACAAUACACAACAGGGAACGUACAUCAGCCGAACGCUGUCUCUGCAGGAAGUGAUGGUUCACAUCGGUCGUCUGAAUGCGGAGGUCGUACGAGGACAGUGGGCUAACCUGAGUGUGGAGCUGCUGUACUUAACCAAUGAUGAUGAGGAACGCUACAGCAUCCAAGCUCACCCAGCCAUUCUGCGCAAUCUGACGGUGCAGGCAGCCGACCCACCGCUAGGAUACCCAAUCUUCUCAUCAGAGCCCAUCACUGUGCCAACACUAUGAUGGAUGGGAACAGUAUUGUAUAUAGUAUACCAAGCCUGAACAUCAAAACUAUUAAUAUUUUCAAAAACGUAUUUCUGCACAAUGCAGAGUCAAAAGGAUAUUUUGACAAUGCAGUGAUGUAUGAUUGAGCUAUUCCACUGAAAGAUGUUUAAGUUGUUGCUGGUUUCCAUGAAGAAAAUAUAUAAGACGUUAUAAAUACUCAUAAGAAAUCAUCCAGAUCUGUACCAUAUGGUUAAUUGUUUUGUAUUGGUUUCCAUUAAAAAAUGAGAAGCUGUAUAAUUUAGCUAUUGUCAACAUUGCGCUGCAUAUGUGCAUAUGUUAUAUUGAUUUUUGUUUGUUUGCUGUCUCUAUGAAUAAUGAUUGUUAAUAUAUUGCACUCACUUAAAUAAAACCACUGCAGAUUUUUGUAAAAUUAAAGUACAUGUAUAUAUGAUUGAACUACACAGGUAGUGCAAGGGUUGUGAUGUUUCUUGUGUAAUAUAAACCUGUGCUAGUUCGUUCAUUGUCAAAUUGUGGUUCAAAUUUAAGCUUCUUUUAGCAGCAGGAUAUAUUGCUACUGAUCUAAAGGUGCUGUCUUAAAGUUACAUAAUGGCAUCUUCCUGCCAAAAUUAUUAACUUUUGCUUUGAAAUAUAAGUAUUACUAGUGUAUCUUCAACUAUAAACUCAUAAACAAAAUUACAACUAAUUUAAUUUACUAGUAGAAUUUGUUUUCUUAAUUGGCAAAUUUAGUGACAAAAUUUGAUUUUUUUAGUUGUAAGGUUGUGCUAGGCAGAUGUUGCUGACAAAUUUUCUCUCUUCAUGCAUCUUAUCUGUCUCUAAUAUCCCUAUACAGUGAACUUUCCAAAUUUUAUGAAUUUGCCAAUGUAAUGAGAGUUGUUAUGAUGUGAUAAGACAGGAUUCUACUUCUAAUCAUAUUGUACAUGAUUACACAACGUAUAAGCACAUUACAGUCAUUUAUGCAAAGAUUAUGAAUGAGAUCAAUUAACUUGUAGUUGUUUAUUAUUACAAAUAAAUGUAAAAAUUGUGAAAUAUGGCAGAUGUAACUAUGAUAUAGUGCCUUUAAAAAAACCAGUGCUUACUAUUCUGUUUGUUAAAGUCUAUAUUUUUGUGUAUAUUUUUGUGUAUAUAAAUAUAUUUGUCAUGCAACUAUACUUAAAAAAAUCCGAUAACACUUACCUAAUAAUUUGAAGUGGUUUAACACUCAUUACUAACCAUUUAACAUCAGUCCCAGGUCAUGGGGCGGGACAUAGGCCAAUGGUGAAGGACUCACCUCAUGUGCUGUCAGUUUAGGAUUGUCCCAGUUGUUGGAUGCAUUCAGUAUUUAAUAAAACUGAAAUGGAAAGUUUUAUCUUUCUUAACACAUCUUUUAGCUCAUUUGUAUAUACAUGUACAUGUACAUGUUCAUUGAUCAUUUCAUCAGCAGCUACAUGUAAUCAUGUUUAUGUUAGCCUCUUCGAUUUCUUGUAUUAACAAAUACAGUAUGACUCACCAGUAACUGCUAUCUUGUAAGUUUUAUUUGCAUUCCUAAAUUUGUAUUUUUUCUCCGAUAGUUAAGUUACUAAGUAGCUGAACUAUUGUUUAUCAAAAAGUAAUGGAAAACAAGAAAUCAAAAAGGCAUUAUCAAUGUUUUUGGAGCACUAUUUAUAUUUCUUUUUUAAAGUGUGCAUUGCAUAUUAAUAUGUUUUAAGUUCUAGUUGCUUUUUGUUGAAACCGGCCUCGGUGGCGUCGUGGCAGGCCGUCGGUCUACAGACUG